AUGUGUGGGGACUCUGGAUCACCGGGUGUGUGGGGACUGGAUCACCGGGUGUGUGGGGGACUUCUGGAUCACCGUGUGUGGGGACUUCUGGGUCUGAUGUGUGGGGACUUCUGGAUCACCGGGUGUGGGGGACUUCUGGAUCACGGGUGUGUGGGGGACUUCUGGAUCACCGGGUGUGUGGGGGACUUCUGGAUCACCGGGUGUGUGGGGACUUCUGGGUCACUGGGUGUGUGGGGACUUCUGGAUCACCGGGUGUGUGGGGACUUCUGGAUCACCGGGUGUGGGGACUUCUGGAUCACCGGGUGUGUGGGGGACUUCUGGAUCACCGGGUGUGUGGGGGACCUGGGUCACUGGGUGUGUGGGGGACUUCUGGAUCACCGGGUGUGUGGGGACUUCUGGAUCACCGGGUGUGUGGGGGACUUCUGGAUCACCGGGUGUGUGGGGGACUUCUGGGUCACCAGGUGUGUGGGGACUUCUGGAUCACCGGGUGUGUGGGGACUUCUGGGUCACCGGGUGUGUGGGGACUUCUGGGUCACCGGGUGUGUGGGGACUUCUGGAUCACCGGGUGUGUGGGGGACUUCUGGAUCACCGGGGUGUGUGGGGGACUUCUGGAUCACCGGGUGUGUGGGGACUCUGGGUCACCGGGUGUGUGGGGACUCUGGGUCACCGGGUGUGUGGGGACUUCUGGAUCACCGGGUGUGUGGGGACUUCUGGAUCACCGGGUGUGUGGGGGACUCUGGGUCACCGGGUGUGUGGGGACUUCUGGAUCACCGGGUGUGUGGGGACUUCUGGGUCACCAGGCGGGAUUUUAUUGACAUCCCGAUGGGUAUGAGAGGAAGGAGUUGGGGCUAUGGGCAACAUGGCCCUGGCAACAGGCACAGCAGCAGCAGCGCCGAAUAG